AUUUUAUUAAAAUCUACCAAUAGAAAGAUUCAUUGUAUAAUCUUAAAUCCUAAAAAAUCUGGUCAAAAAAUGUAUAUCGUAAUUUUGAAACAUUUUUUUGCUCGUUUAGUUCGCGCAUAUAUAAUAAAAUAAAAACAGUAAAAAAAUAUAUUUACCAUUUAAUUUAGUACAGACGUAUGUAUAAUGUGAUGUUAGAAAUAUAGGUAGGUUAAUAAUCUGUUGUUGUUUAUAAUAUGAAAAAACCCAUAUAUUUAUACAAAGGAGCUGAAAAAGAUAAUAGCUCAAAGUGUGAAGAGUUUGGAAAUAUACCUAUUUAAGUAUCUGAACAAUUUUAUUUUUCAAUCCUGUAUGAGAACACUAAACAACAACACAUAUAUAUACAUAUGUUUAUCGUGGAAAUUAAAAAAGAAUUGGAAGGAACAUAUUGGAUCGAACCUAAACGAUAGGAACCAAAUAAAAUUAUAUUAUAAUAUAGUUAAUUACCAUUCAUACAUACAAUCGUUAAUAUACCAUAUCGAAAUUUGUUAACGACCGUUGAAAUGGAUGUACUGAGAUAUCGAACAAAUUGAGUCAUAAUUCUAAAGUGUAUAAGCAUUGCAUUUAAGACUGGGCAAAGGAGAGCUGCAAAGUGAAAGAUGUCAAUUGUACCAUGUCCUCACUAACUGAUAAAGUAAAACAAAGUUGAUAAUCGAAACAAUUAAACUUACCAAAAUCUAAUCUACCACAAACAAGUUGCGCUUACAUAAAACAAAAAGAAAGAAAAAUUCAUAUAUGUAUGUACAUACGUAUUGAAUACAACUGAGCUCGAUUUAGUUUGUACAUCAGCGUAGUGCGUAUAGUUUACAUACGGAUCUAUACUCAACAAGAAAUAAUAGUUUCACACUAGAACCAUUUAUAUACGAAAUGAAUUUUAUAUUGCGAUUCAUUGUUUUCCUCCUUGAUCCUUCGGGUUUGGGGCGCCGUUUAUUUAUACGUCCGGCACUCAAGUUGGGAUACAAUGUAUACGAUGGUAUUAAGAGCAGAGCUGAUGAAAAGGUUGGCACAAUGAAAGAAUUGGUUCUACGUUUGGGCUUAAUUGCAUUUGCGGUGGUAUUAAUAAUUUGGAUAGCAGUAUUCAUGUAUGUUACCUUCUAUUAUACGUAUAUGCCGGCUAUAUCACAUACAAGACCAGUUCACAUGCAGUUCAAAUCGUGCUUGGAUUCUACGACCCCAUGUACAUUUCCACACGCACAUGUUUCGCUUACAAAGAAGCAACAACUAUUGAUGGUAGGCCAAGCAUAUCGAGUAGUUGUGCAGAUUGAAAUGCCAGAAUCACCGCAGAAUUUAGAAUUAGGUAUGUUUAUGGUUUGCGGCGAAAUGCGCGACACCAAUGCUCUACUACGUGGCCAAUCCUGUCGCUCAGCUAUGAUGCGUUACCGCUCACCACUUAUCCGUACAAUUAGUACAUGGGCACUCAGUCCAUUGUAUGUGCUCGGCUUAAAAGAAGAAUUUCAACGUGUGCCUGUAGAAGUAUUUGCGAAUUAUUUAGAAGAGCGACAACACCCAAUUACUGACGUCUACGUAGAAAUUCAAUCACAAAAAAUUCAAUUUUACUCAGUUUCACUGCAUAUAGUCGCAGAUUUUACCGGACUGAGAUAUAUAAUGUACAAUUGGCCAAUACUGUCAGCUGUAAUUGCAAUAAGUACCAAUUUGUUCUUCAUUUUGGUGAUAUUCCUACUCAGUUGGUAUCAUUGGUCUGAUACAACUUGGCUGCAUAAUUUGCGUAAAAAAUACGGGCGCAUAACUGAAACUUUACAAGGCAAAGCUAGUAAGGCGAUUAAGUCAAAGAGCGGCUUUAGGGAUGAUGAGGAUUUGAGCUUUCUGGAUGACAAAUCCAACGCCUCGGAAAUAGAUGAGAUAGGCGGUAGCAGUGACAGUCGGAGUAGCAGCAAAGAAGAACUGCUAGGUAGUAAACCACAAAGAAGCAAUGAGGGACAGCAAGUGCACCAGCGUAGAAUGCAAGAAGCAUUUUAAGCCCCUGCAGCCAUUGAAGCUUAUUGCAUUAAUUAUGAAGAAUAUAAUAUAGCAUUUGGACUGAU